AUGGCGGUGCUGCAGUACGUGGUGGCGGAGCUGAGCGACGAGGGCGCGGGCGCCGGGGCGCACGCGGCCGCCCUCGCGGCGCUCUGCGACGUGCUGGCCGUCGCCAGCGACGGCCUCUUCGACGUGUUCCCGAUCGCCGACUUCGUCAAGCGCCUCCCGCAGCUCGUCGCCUCCGGGGAGGGAGACGUGCCGCUCUUCGCCGCGCGCGCCAUCGCCGAGGCCUGCGAGGGGGUGCCGCUCUGGGCCCCCAGCUUCGCCAAGUACGGCGCCGUCGAGGCGCUCCGCGACAAGCUGCUCGCCGUCGACUGCAUUGAGCUCGCCGAAGAGUGCCUGCGAGCUCUGAAUGUCAUCUCCACGGAGCGCCCAGGCGAUUGCCUCCGUCUCGGUGUGUCAGCCGCCGUGCUGCAGUUCUUCGACUUCUUCUCGACGAACAAGCAAAAACUGGUGCUCAAGAUCGUCGCUAACGUCCUCAAGGACUUCGAAGAGAAGGAUGCGGACAAAGCCAUGGAGGCCGCGCCCGGGCUGUGUGCCCUCCUGCAAUCCACCGACAAGACGAUGAUCGACUCCGCCGUUUCAUGCUUGGUUUUGGUCUCUUAUGGUGCUUCCGGCAGUGCCAAACAUAUGGAAAAGCUUUAUGAGCUUAAUGCAGUUGAGGCAAUGAUGAGGUUGAUGGAGAACAACGGGUGGAAGAGCCUCAGUGAUGACACUUUAUCUGGCAUCCUUGGGCUGCUCAAAGACCUAGCUUCUGUCUCAGCAAGGGUUGCGAAGUCUCUAUUUGAGUUAAAUAUCUGUGAUUUUCUAAAGCAGAUGAUAACAUACUACACCUUGUCGCACAGUGAUCACAAUAAGGUGCAGAUGCUUAUUGAGCUCAUUUAUUAUCUUAUGCCACCUCUUGAAAGGUGUGACCAUCGCACUGAAUUAAUAAUUGCAAAGAAGAACGUCAUCAUAGAAGAAAGCAGAUAUGUCGAACAGGUUGCUAGCAUCCUUACCUUUAUAAUACAGGUUGCAAAAUCUGCUGCACUAUCAUCAAUUUGCUACAGCUGUGUUGUUGUCAUUAGAAACAUUGUUGAGUUAAGCACACCUUCCUCUUUGGUGGAGGUACAGAAGACUGUAAACAUAUCAAGCUUACUUGCCGUCUGGCUGGCCCGGAAAAACCGUCAUAUCAUAUUCCAAACGCUCAACAUUUCAAAGACCCUUCUGAAAAAACACCAGAAAUUCUUCUUUGAGACCUUCAUCAAGGAGGGUGUAAAGCAUGCAAUUGAUACCAUACUAGCACAAGAAAAAGAUGCAAAAUCAAAUCAUAAGCAAAGAGGAAAGAACCUGCAAGAAAGUUGCCUUUGCUUUGAUCUAGACUUGGAUACCUCAACAGAUGAUGCAUGCAGGAUUGAGAAAGGCGCUAUCCUCAAACUAUCGGAGGAUAUAAAGAAAAACUUCUUGGUAAAGGAAACUGCCAAGCCUCAUCAUAGGUUUGGGUGUGAUUUUAAAAGUAUAAAGGAAUUAUUUUCUCGAUUGAACGGACAUGCCGAGCCACCCCCAGCUAAAGAACAGAAUCUCAACAGGUCAGAAAAAGAUCAGGAACUCUGCAAGCAGUUGUCUGAUUUUUCAAGGCAAUUAUUAUCAGAUGAACUGCCAAGUACUUCUACUUUUGAGUUUGUUCAGAGUGGAUCGGUCAAACACUUGGCAGGUUAUCUUUCGAAUGGGGCAUACUUCAAUUCAAAUAUCAGGAAUUGCCAGGACUUUUUAGGGGAGCUUAAGGAGGUGAAAAACCGGCUGCAGAAGUUCACCCAUUUGGCUCUUACAGUGAGGAAUCAAAGCUCGGUGAAGCCACUUGGGAUUUUGGUUGAGAAACUGAUAGAUGCGCUGCAUGUGUGCUAUGACAGUUUUCCUGUAAUACUAGCUGAUGAACAGCAUACACGUGAGAGCACUAUGAUUCCUCUGAGGGACUCAGGAACCGAGGGACCAGUUGAUCUGUAUAUAAAAUUUUCAAGGUCAUCCACGAAGGAGGAGUUGGACAAUUAUAAUAGUGUUCUCCCUGUUUAUCUUUCUUCAACACCUGAAUCCAUUGAAGAGGUCCUCUGGCCUGAGAUUUGUAGAAGAACUGGCAAUGAAUCUGCAUACAAGGAAGCCACUCAAGAAGCAAAUGGGAGCAGAACACCAGUUGGGCUCAGAAAUGGUGGUGGGCGAAAGUCCUCAAGGUUGAAGUUCUCUUACAAAGGAACACAUCUCCAGUCAUCUACAACAUUUUUUGAGUCAAUCCUCCGUUCAAUGCAUGAAGGACAAACUGAUAUCCAGAUUGACCCAUCUUUCUGGGAUAAAGAUCACAAAAUAGUAUACAGAAGAAGAAACAAAAGCAAAAAAAUAUCUUCGCAGAGUUCCUAUAAUACCCAGUUGUCCCGUGUGCAUGAAAAACUUGGAAUAUCAUUGAUAAAGGACCCGUUUUUCUCUACCAUAUUCACUGGCAAGCUUCCUGGCGAUCUGGAUGAAUCUGAUCCAUCAUAUAACUUCCUGUUCAUGCUGAAAGUCCUUGAAGGGCUCAACCGUUUCUCAUAUCAUCUGUCAAUGGAUGAGAGGUUAUGCAAAUUUUCUGAAGGCUACCUCCAAGCGUUGGAUGACCUUAUGGUGACAAUUUCUCCAAUUCCACGGGAUCAGUUCGUGAGCAGUCUUCUGACAAAUAAGCUAGAGCAGCAAAUGCAAGAUAGCUUGUUUGGGGAUGGCUUGAUACCCUCGUGGUGUAUACACUUGGUUGAAACUUGCCCGUUCUUAUUGUCAUUCGAAGCUCGAUGGAAGUACUUCUGCCUAACUGCACAUUGCUCGUUCAUGACAGACAAGAAUGGCAGUUCAACAGAAACUAAGAAAUACAGGGUAAUACGGAGCAAAAUCCUUGAAUGUGCUGCAUCCAUGUUUAACAAACAUGGGUCAGACACCAAAUUCAUUGAGGUGGAAUUUGGUGGAGAGGCUGGGACCGGUCGAGGCCCAACCUUCGAAUUCUAUACUACAGUUAGUCAUGAACUACAGAAAAUGGGUCUUGGAAUGUGGAGGGGAGACAUCACGAGCCAAGAAAACAAAGCUGGUUUUGUCCAUGCCCCUUUUGGUCUCUUUCCACAACCAUGGUCCUCAGCAAACACUUCAUCUCGAGGGAUCAGUUUGUCUGAUGUUGUACAAAAAUUCAAGCUUCUCGGGCAUCUUGUAGCAAGAUCAGUUUUGGAUGGAAGGGUCCUGGACAUUCCUCUCUCGAAAGCAUUUUACAAGCUCAUGCUUGAACACGAGCUUGAUAUUUAUGACAUCCCAUCAUUUGAUCCCGAGCUGGGCAAGACUGUUAUAGAGUUUCAAGCACUUGUUAAAAGGAAGAAGUUCUUGGAGGAAAGGACAUCCAACCUGGCAGCUGAUUUGUCCUAUAAAAACGUGAGAUUUGAGGAUUUAUGUCUUGACUUUACCCUUCCUGGAAACCCGGAGUAUGAACUUGUCCCUGGAGGCUCAGAGAAGAUGGUGACACCUGACAAUUUGGAGGAGUAUGUGUCUUCAGUUGCUGAUGCAACCUUGAAAAGCGGGAUUUCCAAUCAAAUAGAAGCUUUCAAGGCUGGAAUUAACGAGGUUUUUGCUCUUAAGACCCUUCAAUUGUUCAGUGAAGAUGAGAUGGAGCGGAUACUAUGCGGCGAACAAGAUUCUUGGGCUUCAAACAAACUUGAGGAUCACAUCUGUUUUGAUCACGGGUAUGAUGCAAAUAGUCCACCAAUAAUUAGUUUCCUGGAGAUCUUGCGUGAGUUUGGAAGAGAGGACCAACGGGCAUUCAUGCAUUUUACAACUGGAUCUCCUCAGCUCCCACUUGGUGGCCUAGCUUCGCUUGAUCCUAAGCUCACCAUUGUCCGAAAGCAAUGUGAUGGCAAAGUAGACGACGAAUUACCAAGUGUUAAUACUUGCCGGCAUUUCUUCAAGCUUCCACCGUACUCCUCCAAGGAGAUCAUGAGACAGAAGCUCAAAUAUGCUAUCAAGGAGGGUUUAGGCUCAUUCCAAUUGUCAUGAUAAUUUUGUCAAAAAAAAUUGUCAUGAUAAAAGGCUGAAGGGAUACAUUGCAGAAUGAUGGUGUACAGUACCUAGCAAUUCCGGCAUUCACUGCUGAUGCCUGCGAGGGAAUUGCACUGACUAAUUUGACUUUAGAUUAUCUCAUCUGGUGAUGUUUCUGUCUGGGGGGAUAGUCACUUGAGAUGUAACACUAAUUCUCUCACCUCUGCUAGAUUGAUUAUGUAUAUAGCUUACCUCUAUUCUUUCGUGUCAUAUGUUCAUAACAUGUUUACAGCCCCAAUCUCUGGGGACUGUACUGCUGCUCUUUGAUAAUGAAUAUCUACACUUGUCCGAGGGCGGCAGAAUUUUCGGCCGAGAUACAGGAAUGCUUUCGACUCGCUCUGUAUGCUCACAACCUGGCUGGUUUGGAAAGAGCAGAACGCUCGAGUAUUCACGCAUGAAUGAAUCUAGGAAAACACGUGGCAAACAUGAAUGAAUCUAGGCAAACACAGAGUACAUAUGAGUGUGUCCGUGAUCCUGAUUUACCUUAGAUAGUAUUCUGUCUGUCGCUUUGUAAUUUAACUGGGCCUGGCAAAAAAAAAAAAAAGCUUGU